AUGUCUAGAUCAGGAGUAUCCGUUGCUGACGAUUCAUUAUCAGCUUUCAAUGAUUUAAAAUUAGGAAAGAAAUACAAAUACAUUAUUUUCGGAUUAAACGAUUCCAAAACUCAAAUCAUUGUCGAUAAAACUUCCACCGACAGUGAUUAUGAAAGUUUCAUUGGAGAUUUACCAGAAAACAGUUGUAAAUAUGCUAUCUAUGAUUUUGAAUAUGAAAUUGGUGGAGGUGAAGGUAAAAGAUCAAAGAUUGUUUUCUUUACUUGGUCUCCAGAUACUGCCUCAAUUAGAGAUAAAAUGAUUUAUGCUUCAUCAAAAGAUUCUUUAAGAAGAGCAUUAAAUGGAGUUUCAUCUGAUAUUCAAGGUACUGAUUUCUCUGAAGUUUCAUACGAAGCUGUUUUAGAAAAAGUCAGUAGAGGUGCCGGUUCUCAUUAG